AUCUUCCCACCAGCCUGGCACAGGAGGAAGUGCUGUCGUCGCUGUCACAGCCACAGGAAAACAGACCCUGGACACGUUCGCUCUUGGAAGCGAGGAGGACAUGUACCGUGAUGCAGAUGAAAUAGAAAAGGAGAAGGAAUUGCUUAUACAUGAAAGAGGGGCAUCAGGACCCCGAUUAAGUGUGGCUCCAGAAAUGGAUAUCAUGGACUACUGCAAAAAAGAAUGGAGGGGAAAUACAGAAAAAGCAACGUGUAUGAAAAAGGGCUAUGAGGAGGUUUCUCAGAAAUUCACCUCCAUAAGGCGAGUCCGUGGUGAUAAUUACUGUGCACUGAGGGCCACGCUGUUCCAGGCCAUGAGCCAGCCGGUGGAGCCGCCCCGCUGGCUGCAGGACCCAGAGCUCACGCUGUUACCAGAAAAACUCUUAAGCAAGUGCAGCUGGAUCAGGCAAUGGAAACUUGGACUGAAAUUUGAUGGGAAGAGCGAGGACCUGGUGGAUAAAAUUAAGGAGUCCCUCACCCUGCUAAGGAAGAAGUGGGUAGGUUUGGCUGAAAUGAGAACUGCCGAAGCCAGACAGAUAGCUUGUGAUGAACUGUUCACAAAUGAAGAAGAGGAAUACAGCCUCUAUGAAGCUAUAAAAUUUCUAAUGCUAAACAGAGCCAUUGAACUAUAUGAUGAUAAAGAAAAAGGAAAGGACGUACCAUUUUUCUCUGUGCUCCUGUUUGCUCGAGACACGUCAAAUGACCCUGAACAGCUGCUGAGGAAUCACCUGAACCAAGUGGGACACACUGGUGGCCUUGAACAAGUUGAGAUGUUCCUUCUUGCCUACGCUGUGCGCCAUACAAUCCAGGUAUACCGGCUCUCCAAGUACAACACUGAAGAGUUCGUCACAGUCUACCCUACUGACCCACCCAAGGACUGGCCAGUGGUGACGCUCAUCGCCGAGGACGAUCGGCACUACAACAUCCCUGUCAGAGUAUGUGAAGAGACGAGUCUGUGACACACGUGCCCAAAUGGCCUAGGACAUGGCUCAGGUGCACUGGCAGCUCUUCGGCUGGGGCCUCAGGCCUGGGGAUUCCUAAGGACAAUCUAAGAGAACUCUUGGGUCUUUGGAAGCCAGGUUGGCCUGGGAUGUUCUGAAGACUAGCUUUUGAUAAUAAGAAUUAACCAAGUCUUUUCCCUCA